CUCGCUGUCGCUCUCUCUCUCACCCACCCACGCGUGGCACAACCACAACCACCACCACUUCCUCCUCCUCCCCGUCCCGGCCCGAGAGGAGAUGCUGUGGGGUCGCGACCUCACCCCUCGCCUCACUCACCGCGUGCCUCCUCAGUGAGAGGCGGUGGUGGUGGUGGUGAGGACGCGAUGUCAGCACGGGGCAUCGCCUCACCAACGUCGCCCGCCUCUCCCUCACCGCUCCUCGCCAACGAGGGCGACGAUUGGGACCCCGAGUGUGACGACGAGGCGGUCCUCCUCGAUCAGGACGAGCGCGGGGCCCCGGGAGGUGGCAAUGGAGGAGGCGCGGGGGGAGAUGGACGCGGCGGCGGCGGGUUUGGCCGUGCGCUCUGCCGCUUGCAAAGCGCCACCGCGACCGACCUUGACCCAGGGGACUCGGGGUCCCUGGGGUACACGGAGGACCCCGUGGACUUCACCGAACCGCGGGGGAACUCCCUCGGGACCCGCGCGUGGGCCACCGUGGGGGUCCUCUUCUUCAUCAACCUCCUCAACUACAUGGACAGGUUCACCGUGUCCGGAGUGCUCGCUGAAAUCCAGACCUUCUUCAACAUCGACAACAGCCUGUCUGGGCUUAUACCGGCUGUGUUCCUGUGCAGCUACAUGAUUCUUGCUCUGCUCUUCGGAUUCCUGGGCGACCGCUACCCACGCAAGUUCAUAAUGGCCGCCAGCAUCCUCGUGUGGAGCGGCACCACGCUGGGGGGCUCCUUCGUCCGGGAAAAGGAGUUUACGGGGUUCCUGGUGUCGCGCGCCCUGGUUGGGGUGGGUGAGGCCGGCUACUCGACCGUGGCAGCGACGAUCCUGGGAGACCUCUUCGUGGGCUCGACUCGCACGCGUGUCCUCGCGCUCUACUACAGCGCCAUCCCCAUCGGCAGUGGCCUCGGCUACAUCGUGGGGUCAAAGAUCGCCGAGGUGACGGGAGACUGGAGAAAUGCUCUCAGGGUGACCCCUGGGCUGGGGCUCCUGGCCUGCGUGCUCGUGGUGCUCGUGGUGGUGGAGCCGGAGCGGGGGGCGGUGGAGCGGCACAGCUCGGGGGGAGGCGGCCCGGCAUCCAGACCCCGCACCACGUGGUUCACGGACGUGCGCAUGCUGUGCUCCAACCGCAGCCUCGUGCUGUCGAGCCUGGGCUUCACGUGCGUGUCGUUCGUGUCGGGGGCGCUCGCGCUCUGGUCGCCGCUCUACCUGGAGCUGGCGGGCGUCGUGCGCGGCUCCCUGCAGCCGUGCGAGCACCAGCCCUGCCCCGGCUUCAGCAGCGUGAGCAUGGUGUUUGGGGCGCUCACGUGCAGCGCCGGGCUGGCCGGCGUGGCGCUGGGCAGCGAGGCCGCGCGGCGCUGGCGGCGGUGCGAGCCGAGCGCCGAGCCCCUGGUGUGUGGCCUGGGCCUCCUCGCCUCCGGGCCCUUCCUCUACGCCGCCCUGCUGCUGGCCAAGAGCUCCCCCGUCACCACCUACGUGUUCAUCUUUCUCGGAGAGGUGCUCCUCUUCUUGAACUGGGCCCUCAUUGCCGACAUUUUGCUGUUCGUGGUUGUCCCCACUCGCCGCUCCACCGCCAACUCACUACAGAUGCUGAUGUGCCAUCUGCUGGGUGAUGCGGGCAGCCCGUUCCUCAUUGGCAAGAUCGCGGACUUGGUGCAGCGCUCGGACUCGUGGCUGGGCCGGCUCGAGGCGCUGCUCACGGCGCAGCUGUGCUGCCCCUUGGUGUGCGUGCUGGGCGCCGCCUGCUUCCUGGCCACGGCGCUGGUCCUCCCGCGCGACCGCGUGCGCUACCGCGCCGAGAUGAGCGCUGCCGCUGAAGAUCCUGGUCACGACCUCCUCGUGCCGAUGCCCGGUGGUCGCGCUGCCACCGUGCGGAUUGAAGACGUCCUCUCCUAGAGAAGCGGACAUCGUCGUCGUUAUCAUCAGCAGUAGCAUCGCCGUAUUCAUCAUCCUCAUUAUCAUGAUCAUCACCACCAUCUCAUUGUCGUUAUCAUCAUCGUCGGCAGUAGCAGAAUUAUCUGCAAGAGCAUCACUUAUUCUCAGUAUUGUCACACUGUAUAUAAAUAAAUCAUCAUCGCAAAGUCAACGUCAGAUGUCACCAUCAUCCACGCCGUUAGUAUUUGGAGGUUGGGGGGUGGUCACUCCGUGUCGUCUAUGGUGAAUGUAUUUUACACGGCAGCCAAUGCCCAACGUGUGGUUUGUGCCUCCUUGAUGUUGGGAAUAAACCGAAUUUUGUUGAGA